UGGGGUCGACGCCGCUCAGGGGAGGGGCGGGACUUCCUGUCCCGCGCGGGCAGGACUUCCGGAAGAGCCGGAAGACCCUCUGCCUCGUAGAGUCGAGAGGUUCCCGGCUGCAGGAGAGGGAGGCGAGGUCCUGGACGGUCGGGGGGACUCCAGGGCCGGUCCCUGAGCUUGGCGUCAUGGGUGUGAUAGGUAUACAGCUGGUUGUUACCAUGGUGAUGGCCAGCCUCAUGCAGAAGAUUAUACCUCACUAUUCUCUUGCUAGAUGGCUACUCUGUAAUGGCAGUUUAAGAUGGUAUCAACAUCCUACAGAAGAAGAAUUAAGAAUACUUGCAGGGAAGCAGCAAAAAGGAAAAAGCAAAAAAGAUAGGAAAUAUAAUGGUCACAUUGAAAGUAAACCACUAACCAUUCCAAAGGAUAUUGACCUCCAUCUAGAAACAAAGUCAGUUACAGAAGUGGAUACCUUUGCGUUGCAUUACUUUCCAGAGUAUCAGUGGCUGGUGGAUUUCACAGUGGCUGCUACAGUUGUGUAUCUAGUAACUGAAGUCUACUACACUUUUAUGAAGCCCACACAGGAAAUGAAUAUCAGCUUAGUUUGGUGCCUGCUUGUUUUGUCUUUUGCAAUCAAAGUUCUAUUUUCAUUAACUACACACUAUUUUAAAGUAAAAGAUGGUGGUGAAAGAUCAGUCUGUGUUACCUUUGGAUUUUUUUUCUUCGUGAAAGCAAUGGCAGUCUUGAUUGUAACAGAAAAUUAUCUGGAAUUUGGACUCGAAACAGGAUUUACAAAUUUUUCAGACAGUGCGAUGCAGUUUCUUGAAAAGCAAGGUUUAGAAUCUCAGGGUCCUGUUUCAAAACUUACUUUCAAAUUUUUCCUGGCUAUUUUCUGUUCACUCAUUGGGGCUUUUUUGACAUUUCCUGGAUUACGGCUGGCUCAAAUGCAUCUGGAUGCCCUGAAUUUGGCAACAGAAAAAAUUACACAAACAUUGCUUCAUAUCAACUUCUUGGCACCUUUACUUAUGGUUCUGCUCUGGGUAAAACCAAUCACCAAAGACUACAUUAUGAACCCACCAUUGGGUAAAGAAAGUGUCCCUUUAAUGACAGAAGCUACAUUCGAUACUCUGCGACUCUGGGUAAUAAUCCUGCUGUGUGCUUUACGGCUGGCCAUGAUGCGUAGUCACCUGCAAGCUUACUUAAACUUAGCCCAGAAGUGUGUGGAUCAGAUGAAGAAAGAAGCAGGCCGAAUAAGUACAGUGGAGCUACAGAAAAUGGUGGCUCGGGUCUUUUAUUACCUCUGUGUCAUUGCACUGCAGUACGUGGCGCCUCUGGUGAUGCUGCUUCACACAACUCUGCUUUUAAAAACACUAGGUCAUCAUUCCUGGGGCAUUUAUCCAGAAUCCGUCUCUACCUUGCCAGUGGAUAAUAGUCUACCAUCCAAUUCUGUUUACUCUGAGUUACCAUCUGCUGAUGGGAAGGUGAAGGUAACUGUUACACAGAUAACAGUGGCACUGAGCAGCUUAAAAAACAUUUUCACUCCUCUGCUCUUUCGAGGACUUCUGUCUUUUCUAACCUGGUGGAUUGCUGCGUGUCUCUUUUCUACAAGCCUUUUUGGGCUUUUCUAUCACCAGUAUCUCACUGUGGCAUGAAUCUCAGUUAACAAAAAAGGAUAUCCAAGUCACACUUGGGAUUCAAAUGCCCUUGAAGGGCUGACAAAAAAAAAACAAAAAAACAGAAGAAAGCAAAUACAAAGGAAAAAAGAAACAUAUCAGAGUAUCUUGUUUGAAAUGCUUCCUCUGUAUUCUCAGGGUGAAUUAAUGAUGUUAUAUGUAAAAUUACUGAAUAGAUUAAGUGCUAUACUGUGGCAUUGGAAAUGUUAACUCCUUGUAUUAACUGAUGUGAGAGAGGGCUAUCUGCAAGGGUAAUACUUCUGAUUGCCUUGGUUUACAGAAACCUCUGAAACAGUCUUUGAAACUUUUCUUAUGACUCCAGUUAUCGGUUGCUCUCAGUGGUAUUAAGGUACUGUUAAUAUUCAUGUGGCUGCCUGCAGAACACUCUUCAAACUGAGCCAUGUUUUAGAGGAGGUUAAGGAGCUAAAGUUGUUUCUGUUGGUAAUAUAUUAGUCACUCUUCAAAGGACAAUAAUGAAAAAAUCCAACAGAAAGGAAGAAAUAGCUACUGUAUAUUACAGUAAAGAAAGCUGCAUAGUAAUUUUAAAUUCAGUGGAGAUGUACAUGCUUACUAUCUACAAGUACUGCUGCUUGAAAGUAGCAAGAGUAUUGUUUUAAAUGUAUUCUGUCCAACUUGAGGGAUCUUUUAAAAUGACUGGCUUUAUGAACAUUCGCAAUCUUGCUGUUAGGUUUGGAACUCCCAUAUUUUAUUUUAUUUUAUGAUCCUAAAUAUUUCUUUUUAAUUAUCUAAAAAUAUUUAUCAAUAUUGAUCAGACUUUUAAAAAAUUACUUUGUAAUCCUGCUGACUACCUGUAUGUAUUGUAUAUAUUAUAUAUUAAAUAUAUAAUAUAUUGAGAUUAUAAAAGAUGAAAAUAUUGGAUCCUUAUAAUAUUUUAAGUUGCUGAAUGUAUGUUAAAACAUUGAAUGAGAUGUCUUUGUGUCUAGAAAUUUUCUUUCUUUUUGGAAUGAGAUUAAAAUACAUUUUGAGAAUUUAUUAGAGCAAGCAAUUUAUUUGUGUUGCCUGUGUGAGAAUAGUCAUAUUUUAUACUUAGUUGAUUUCUCCCAAAUGAAAAUUGUUUUCUGUCAUUUUCAAAAAAUCAGAAUCCUUUCCACUCUAAACAAAUCUAUAGAUAUCAUUUAAAUCCAUGUUAAAUAGGACUUGUUUUACAUUUGUGGUGUCCAGAAUUAGAAAUGUUAAAUUUCUAUUUUAUAGUUCAGAAAUUGAGGUGAUUUAAUUGAAAAAUGUAAACAAAAUGAAAAAAUAAAAGUAAAAUUCUUUUUCAUGCUUUUUACAUCUAAAACCCAAAUGAAGGGUUACAGUUAUAAAGGAAAUGAAUAUAAAAUAAACAGGUUGGUUUUUUUUAACAAAUAGUAGAAUUUAUAAAUAAAUAUUCUUUCAUGUAACUGUC